AUGGCAACUCAGUCGAGCAGUGGCCAAAACAAAGGUUUUCGAUGUCGACCUCCUCGCCGGGGAGCUCCUAAAGCUUCGAGGCCAAUUGACGGCUGUGAAAUCCAAUUCAUGGUGAUGACGAAGCUCCAGCUACCCUGGGCCUUCACCUUCUGGUCCGUGCUGCAGGUUGCCGUGCUGAAUGCAUCGCGCUUCACAGGGCAGGGCCAGGGAAGCUCGCUGGAGCGCGGCGAAGCGGGGCAGGGCGCCUCCGGAGUUGACGCGGCAUUGCCACCACCAACACUAGAAGAAUGGUUGAGCACUCUUUCGCUGCAACAUGCGCAGGCGAGGGCCGAUGCUGCUAAUGAACUUGGUAAGUUGGGCAACGAGGCUGCAGAGGCCAUUCCGAAGCUCACCGAGCUCUUGCAAGACGAUCGUGAAGCAGCGGGUGACAUAUAUGUUCAAGAUGCUGCAGUCAAAGCCCUUGGACACAUGGGCAGCGCGGCGGCAUCGUCUGUGCCAGAGAUGUUCAAGCAGCUGCGGCGCCAAAGCACUAGCAGCUUUGAAGAAGGAGUUGCAUUUGCCUUGGCGAACAUCGGCCAAGAAGCCCCCGAAGCUGUCUUGCCCAGCGUGCUGGAGUCAUUGAAAGCUUCGGAGUGGUACGUUCGCUGGGUCGCUGCCAGCGCUUGCGGCUUGCUGGGCGAGAAGGCAGCUGCAUUCGUGCCACAGCUGCGCCAACUUGCCAAAUAUGACCCCGAGUCGAUGGUUCGCAGUGUGGCUUCGCAAAGCUUGAGCGACAUGAGCAAAGUCAUCACUCUGCCAGCGCCUAAUCUGACCGACUGGCUGGAGUAUCUUGAUGGCACUGAUCCCCAAGCGAGGGCCGAUGCUGCCAAUGAACUUGGUAAGUUGGGCAAAGAGGCUGCAGAGGCCAUUCCGAAGCUCACCGAGCUCUUGCAAGACGAUCGUGAAGUAGCGGGUGACAUAUGUGUUCAAGAUGCUGCAGUCAAAGCCCUUGGACACAUGGGCAGCGCGGCGGCAUCGUCUGUGCCAGCGAUGUUCAAGCAGCUGCGGUUCCAAAGCACUCGCAGCUUUCGCGAAGGAGUUGCAUUUGCCUUGGCGAACAUCGGCCAAGAAGCCCCCGAAGCUGUCUUGCCCAGCGUGCUGGAGUCAUUGAAAGCUUCGAUGUGGUACGUUCGCUGGGUCGCUGCCAGCGCUUGCGGCUUGCUGGGCGAGAAGGCAGCUGCAUUCGUGCCACAGCUGCGCCAACUUGCCAAAUAUGACCCCGAGUCGAUGGUUCGCAGUGUGGCUUCGCAAAGCUUGAGCGACAUGAGCAAAGUCAUCACUCUGCCAGCGCCUAAUCUGACCGACUGGCUGGAGUAUCUUGAUGGCACUGAUCGCCAAGCGAGGGCCGAUGCUGCCAAUGAACUUGGUAAGUUGGGCAAAGAGGCUGCAGAGGCCGUUCCGAAGCUCACCGAGCUCUUGCAAGACGAUCGUGAAGUACAUGUAGCGGGUGACAUAUGUGUUCAAGAUGCUGCAGUCAAAGCCCUUGGACACAUGGGCAGCGCGGCGGCAUCGUCUGUGCCAGCGAUGUUCAAGCAGCUGCGGUUCCAAAGCACUCGCAGCUUUCGCGAAGGAGCUGCAGUUGCCUUGGCGAACAUCGGCCAAGAAGCCCCCGAAGCUGUCUUGCCCAGCGUGCUGGAGUCAUUGAAAGCUGAGAAGUGGUACGUUCGCUGGGUCGCUGCCAGCGCUUGCGGCUUGCUGGGCGAGAAGGCAGCUGCAUUCGUGCCACAGCUGCGCCAACUUGCCAAAUAUGACCCCGAGUCGAUGGUUCGCAGUGAGGCACAGAAAGCCCUGGACCUCAUAGACAAGGUUAUCAGCGUUCGCACGGUCAUGCGUUUUCUCGCAUUGUCUCGUACCCAGCCGAAUCUAUUGGAAAAGGGAUGUGUCUGUGCUCGGACCCAACGACAAAUGAGGCCUAGGCAAGCAGAUAUCAUGGACGUCGUCAGGCGCCGCACCUUCUUCCAGUCCAGCCCGGCCGAGCCGAAUCCUGGGGAGAACAAGGCCAAGGUGGCCAGCAUCCCGAAAGGGAACCUCGCCCAACGCGGGGUUUCGGCCGUCGCCGGAGGGAUCGACAACCUCACCGGGAGCGAGUCGGGGAGUGGCAUCGCCAGCAAAGCAGCGGACAAGCUGGGCAUAGGGAAACCCAAGGCUGGGCCUGCCUGGAGGUUGCAGUCCUGGGAUAUCCACGCACGGGACAAAUGCGAGCCGUGGCUGAUUGGCUAUGCCCUUGGGAAGUUUCGAGGGGCCAACCAGGAAGCUCAGAGGCUCGUCUUUCGGCUGCUUCCUGGUCCGUAUUGGAGCCUACUGCAGAGGCUGGAUCAGCUGGCAGAGCCCCUGGCGAUACGAACUGCCAAUGGGGAGCGGCCUACGAAUGACGACAUACGCAGACUGGCGAAUGUGAUGUACGAAACCGAUCAAAUCAAACGUGGCAGCAUGUGGGACACCGACAUGACGGACCAGGGUGCUCGGAUGUGGGGCGAGCUGGCACAUGACGAAGCCCUGCGCAUAGCGCAUGCCAUCCGCCGCGUGCAAUCGUUUGGGCGCUUUCUUUUCUCAGUGUCUUUCCCCUGUGCGCCGACAGAGGGGGCCUACGAUUUACCGCCCACCAAGAGCAUGGCGCAGUACUUCUAA